AUGACUGUAGCAGAUACAACAACGCUAUCAAGUGACGAAGAAUCAUCGACAACUGCGGUAUCAAGUGACAAAGAAUCAUCAACAACAGCAGCAUCAACUGACGAAGGAUCAUCGACAACAGUGCUAUCAAGUGAUGAAGAAUCACCGACAACAGCGCUAUCAGGUGACGAACAAUCACCAACAACAGUGCUAUCAAGUGACGAACAAUCACCGACAACAGCGCUAUCAGCUGACGAACACACACCAACAACAGUGCUAUCAAGUGAUGAAGAAUCACCGACAACAGCGCUAUCAAGUGACGAACAAUCACCGACAACAGUGCUAUCAGGUGACGAACAAUCACCGACAACAGUGCUAUCAAGUGACGAACAAUCACCGACAACAGUGCUAUCAGGUGACGAACAAUUACCAACAACAGUGCUAUCAAGUGACGAACAAUCACCGACAAUAGUGCUUUGA